AUGUCUUAUCAGCAAUACAACUACGGCCAGCCAGGCGGUCCUCCGCCGGGACAGCAGUAUGGUGGAUAUGGUCAACAGCCUCCUCCCGGCCAGUACGGCGCGCCGCCGUCAGGACCACCACCUGGUCAAUACGGUGGCUACGGGCAGCCCCCACCAGGCCCUCCCCAAGGUUACGGUGCACCACCUCCUCAACAUGGAGGUCAUUACGGCGCGCCACCACCGGGGCCGCCCCCAGGGCAGUAUGGCGGUUACAACCAAGCUCCGUCGCAUGGCAGCCCGUACCCUCCACAAGGUGGACACUAUCCUCCGCAAAAUCAACCUUAUGGCGGCCACUCACCGCAGCCUCCGUACCAUCAGCAAGGCUAUGGCGCACCGCCCGGUGCUCCUCCACAACAAAGUUACGGUGCCCCUCCACCUGCGUGGGGUGGUCCUCCAACUCCAGCAAGCUUGGGAUACGGCCCGCCGCAGAUCAUUCAAUGGGAUGCCAACCCCGAUGCUCAGGCCCUGAGGGGUGCGAUGAAGGGUUUUGGUACAAACGAGAAAGUUUUGAUCCAGGUGUUGGCCAAUAAAGACCCGUUGCAGAUUGAGCUGAUCAAGGACACCUACAUGCGCACUUUCAAACGGAGUUUGGAGAAGGACAUCAUUUCAGAGACCGGCGGUUGGUUCGAAAAAGGCUUGGUCGCUAUAGUUCAAGGGCCGUUGCUCCAUGAUUGUCACUCACUUUACAACGCCAUGAGCGGACCAGGCACUAAGGAGAAGAUUUUGAACGACGUACUGCUUGGUCGCUCGAAUGCAGACAUACAAGCUAUCAAGGGCAAGUAUAGGCAGACCUUUGGCAGAUCACUCGAAUCUGAUGUGAAGGGUGACCUGAGCAUGAAGACCGAACGCCACUUCUUGAUUGUCUUGGGUGCUGCUAGAGCCGAGGAUAGUGCCCCUGUGAUCCCACAGGACAUUGACCGCGACGUCAUGGACCUAUAUCGUAGUGGCGAAGGCAAGGUCGGCACUGAUGAGAUGAUGUUCUGUUCUAUUCUCAGCACCAGGAACGACAACCAGAUUCGGGCAAUCGCGCAUGCUUACGAGCAGAAGUUUAGAAAGCGUCUCGCUGAUGUCAUCCGCAAAGAAUUCAGUGGUCACAUGGAAGAUGCAUUAUUAUACCAGUUGAACCAUGCUGCUGACAAGUAUAUGCACGCAGCUGCCAUGCUUGAGGAUGCUAUGGCCGGACUUGGUACAAAGGACCAUUUAUUGAUUGCCCGAGUGGUCCAUUAUCAUUGGGAUCGUCCCGCUCUGGCUAAUAUCAAGGGUGCAUAUCAGCAGAGGUACAAGACCUCCUUGUCCAGGCGCAUCAAGGGCGAGACAAGUGGUGAUUACGAGAGGUUGAUGAUUGCCUGUAUCGGCGAGUAA